UAACGUGGAAGAAUUGUUGUGCUUUUUUUUUUUUUUGCGAGCUCUUUUCGUAAAUGACCACCGGCAGGAACAACCGGGCGAUGAUGGAAGGAGUGGGAGCCAGAGUGGUCCGCGGACCCGACUGGAAGUGGGGGAAGCAGGAUGGUGGAGAGGGGCAUGUCGGCACCGUCAGGAGUUUCGAAAGUCCAGAAGAAGUGGUCGUUGUUUGGGAUAACGGAACUGCUGCCAACUACCGCUGCUCUGGAGCUUACGACAUAAGAAUAUUAGACAGUGCUCCAACAGGUAUCAAGCAUGAUGGAACCAUGUGUGACACCUGUCGUCAACAGCCAAUCAUUGGCAUUCGCUGGAAAUGCGCAGAGUGCACCAAUUAUGACCUCUGCACAACCUGUUACCAUGGAGACAAGCAUCACCUGAGACACCGAUUCUACAGGAUCACCACCCCAGGCAGCGAGAGAGUACUUCUGGAGUCACGUCGCAAGUCAAAGAAAAUCACAGCCAGAGGGAUCUUUGCUGGUGGCCGAGUUGUUAGAGGAGUGGACUGGCAAUGGGAAGACCAAGAUGGAGGCAAUGCGAGGAGAGGAAAGGUGACGGAGAUCCAGGACUGGAGCGCCGCCAGCCCUCACAGCGCCGCCUAUGUGAUCUGGGACAACGGGGCCAAGAACCUGUACAGGGUCGGCUUCGAAGGAAUGUCGGAUUUGAAAUGUGUCCAGGAUGCCAAAGGAGGCUCGUUUUACAGAGACCAUUGUCCUGUUUUAGGUGAGCAGAAUGGAAACAGAAAUCCGGGUGGUCUUCAGAUCGGCGACCUGGUCAACAUUGAUUUGGAUUUAGAGAUCGUUCAGUCCCUCCAGCAUGGCCACGGGGGAUGGACCGAUGGCAUGUUUGAGACGCUCACAACCACAGGCACCGUGUGUGGCAUCGAUGAGGACCAUGAUAUUGUGGUUCAGUACCCCAGUGGGAACAGAUGGACGUUUAACCCAGCAGUGCUAACCAAGGCCAACGUAGUGCGCAGCGGUGAAGUUGCAGCCGGAGCAGAAGGAGGAAGCUCCCAGUUCCAUGUGGGAGACCUGGUCCAGAUCUGCUACGACAUCGACCGCAUCAAGCUGCUCCAAAGAGGGCAUGGCGAGUGGGCUGAGGCCAUGCUGCCGACCCUGGGCAAGGUGGGCCGUGUGCAGCAGAUCUACUCUGACAGUGACCUGAAGGUCGAGGUUUGUGGGACUUCCUGGACGUACAAUCCUGCGGCUGUCACCAAGAUCGCCCCCUCCGGCUCUGCUGUCAGCAAUGCCUCUGGAGAGCGUUUGUCUCAGUUGUUGAAGAAACUAUUCGAGACGCAAGAGUCCGGGGACAUAAACGAGGAGCUGGUCAAGGCUGCAGCUAAUGGAGACCUGGCUAAAGUGGAGGAUAUUUUGAAGAGGCCUGAUGUGGAUGUGAAUGGACAGUGUGCGGGACACACUGCGAUGCAGGCGGCCAGUCAGAACGGCCACGUGGAUGUCCUAAAACUGCUACUGAAACACAAUGUAGACCUAGAGGCUGAGGAUAAAGACGGAGACCGGGCGGUGCACCAUGCGGCGUUUGGCGAUGAAGGCUCCGUCAUCGAGGUGCUUCACAGGGGUGGGGCUGACCUGAACGCCAGGAACAAGCGAAGGCAGACCCCGUUACACAUAGCGGUCAACAAGGGCCAUCUGCAGGUGGUUAAAACCUUGCUGGAUUUUGGUUGCCAUCCUAGUCUUCAGGAUUCGGAAGGUGACACACCUCUGCACGAUGCAAUUAGCAAGAAAAGAGAUGACAUGUUGUCAGUGCUGCUGGAGGCCGGCGCAGAUGUCACCAUCACUAACAACAACGGGUUCAAUGCCUUACAUCAUGCUGCCCUGCGAGGAAACCCCAGGUAUGUGACAGUUUUCUGCAGUAUAACGGUUGUAGCGCGAGUAAUGAGGAUGUAUUUAGGCGGGCUGUGAGGAGGAGGUUAAAUCCUCAGGAUAUCACUAAAUGCUUGAUGCUUUCGAUAACAGCUGGUUUGGUUGCUGCAUUUUAAACACAAAAAUCAGUGGAGUUUGGGGCACAAACGGCAGAGUCGUAUCUGGAAUGCAUAAAACGUCGAGCUUCAUGCAAAAAGGAGGGUCAAGUUUAAAGCCACAGCGCUCUGCCUUUUCACUGCAGGGAAGGAAGCAACUCUGGCAGAAUCACUCAUUUGUUACUUAAUCAGCUUCUUUUACAGAAAUGGACUCUGAUGUAAGCAGCUUUUGAAUAUCUGGCAUUAGACCCAUUGAUGCUGUGUUGUAUUCGCUGUAAAGGUCAAUUUGCUUCCUUCUAAAGAACCCUUCUCCUUUUGAAUGAAGCGUUUUAAACGAAGCUCUUGAAGCAGAAUUUUCCCUUCACAGAUUCUUCUCAAGCUCUAAAGUAAGACCAUUAAAAGUUAAAUAAGUGUAAUUGUGCUGCCUCGCUGGGGACAUUUUGUUUGUUACCUCAAUUUAAUUUCAAGUUAUUCUUUAAGGCUGCCACCAUUACGCCAACAGAUGGCUGGGUCUGUUAUGUUGAGUACUGGUAGUUUAGCUUAUAGGCUUUAAAGUUAAUUUGUAGUUUCCUUUUACUGUUAUGCUUGUCCCUCACCAUGUGUUGUGAGCAGAGGCUGGCCUGAGGAGGCUGCUCUCUGCAGCAGUAUUUCGUCUUGUCCUUGGUCGCUGCUAUUUCGGGCAGGUUGUUGUUUUUUUUUUUUUUUCUUCCUGUUUUUAUCACUCAGAGAAUGUAAAGGUGGCUAAGAGAGGAGACUAUCUAAAUGAGACUGAUCGUUCAAGAUCUCUUAACAUGAUGGAUUUAGAUGUAAAGCGUUAAGAGUGAUUGUUCGCUAUAACAUUUGACUAUAUGCUUGACAUUCUGUGUGUGUUCUUCAGGAGGGAAACUGUUCUGAACAUCCACAGUUUGAUUUGGUUGAUUAAGAUCAGCUCUUUUAGAUUUACCACACAUUGGCAUACAUUUUCCACCACUAUUCUUUAUAUUAUUUAUAAAACUUUUCAGAUUUUUUUUGCAGUGACUCUGAAGCUGUUAGGCAGCCUUAUUGAGAGCUUGAGGUUGGUAAGAAACAUCAAACUUUUCCUGGUUAAAGUCUUAUUUCAUAAAAGCAUUUUCUUCCUUUUUAGCCUGGAAAUUCAACAUUUGAGGGAGACAAAAAGGAUGCAUAAUUUGAUUUUAUUCUUUCAUGCUCUGCCUGACAAUGUUGCAGCUGGUGUAUGAUCUUAGCUGGUUUUGCAGCUGCUCUCUGCCUCUUCACUAUGUUAGUGGUGCAAGUCUCUUUCAUGGAUCUGCUAAAUCGACCAAUACAGGCAUGUCCCAAACCAGUAAAACGAAUACUUCGGAAUUUUUUUCAGUUAUUUUAUCACUGCGGUUUGACAUUUAAACUAACACCCACAUUCUCUAUGACUUAAGAAUUAAUGGAGUUAAGGUGGAUCACCUGCCAUGAUUCAUGGCUCCUUUCUACAUCUGUUGCACUGUGGAGAAGCUAAUCCAAAACCAUCGCUUGCUGCACACUAACUGAUUUAUUGAUCUGUACUAACAUUUAAACAAGUAUGUUGAUUUUAUCAACAUAUACUGUCUUAUAAUUCCCUAAAUUGGUUGCAGCUUGAGCCGCGCCGUAUAUCAGUGUCUGUAAUACUGCAUUUGCACAGGACUGCUAAGAUCCAGUAGUUGUCAGGAUAUUAUAUUUCAAGUGCCAUGCAUUCAAAUUGUGCAUGCCAGUAAUAUAUAUUUAGCCUUUUUAUUUGACUGCACUCUAUAUUCACAUUUUCAUGUUUAUUUUUAUUGGCAGAGAUGCAAAAGCUCCCAUUGGUGGGGAAGUUGUGAUAAAAUAAAAGCAAAAAUAAAUGUGCCAAGUCCAUCAGAUUCUCCGAGUAAGUUUAGUGAAUACUUAAAGGCUUUUUUCCUAAAGUCUUUAGAUUUAUACACAGUGCAGACACAAGUAUUUGUUUUCCAGUGGGGAAAAAAUGCUUCAAGGUUCGUCCUGUUGAGAGUUUUACUUCUCAAAGAAGAAAAAUAAAGCUCAAGACUUCUCGGUUGACCUGUAUUGUAAAUCGUUUAGUUUAUUUAAUAAAAGCAAUUAUGGAAUGUUUAAAGAAAGACUGAGUAAAACACAGCCAAUUUGAAUUGUAGAUAUUUAAAAGCAGAGGGUGCAUAAUUUGUGUUAGCAAAGCAGCUUUCAGAACAUACAGUAGAAAGCUGGUUUUCAGUAGGAGUCAUUGAUUUACAGGCAAAAAGUGCUGGAGUACAGCAUUUUCUAUAUCAGGGCUUCGGUUGUGUUGUGUGUGCAUUACCUGCCUCAGUCCACACUCUGUCCCCUCGCUUUCAGAGAAACAAAGAUAUAUGUCCCCAUCUCCAGUAUUCCCAUUUACUUUUAUUUCACGCUCGAGCUGCUGCAAUAUUGGAGAGAGAGUCCACAAGUCCUAAAGCCCCCCAAAUCUCUCCCUAGGUCCAAGUGAAAGCUCCUCGUCCAAGCGUGUUUAGUGGAGAGACAGUUGUUUCGAUUGAUUGCUUUGAGGAAUUUCUGCCUUAGAAUCAUAUUUCUUAAAAAGUACUGAUGUUGGCCCAGAAGAAGUAGUUUGAGUGGAGCGCUAAUCAAGGGUCUUUACAUGGAGAUUAUCACGUGAAGACCACUGACAGAAGAAGUAUAACUAACUUUAGGAACUGAAUUUACUUCCAACAUUUAACAUUCAAUUAAAGCAUCAGUACAGGAUGUUCUGACAUGCGUGACAUAAACAAGUCAAAAGUAUUAUUUAGUCCAUCAAACUUUAUAUUGCUAGUUAUGAACAUUCAUACAAUGCUGUAAAGACAAAGUGCUUUACAAGAUUAAUAACAAAUUUAUCCCCAAACAAACUAACAAAACGGUUUAAAAGAUUAAGUUAAAAUGGAGGAAAGCAUGUUAAAUUUCAGUCAAAAUAACGAUUGUUACAGACAAAUCAUCAGUUUUUCACCACAUAGCUACACUGAAGAAAUGGCGAAUUGGAUUUAAAAAAAAUUAUAUUCAAAUAAAAAUUUGAAACAUUUAAUAAAUACAACGGGUUCAUAAAACAAAAGUACAGUGCAUUAGCAAGUAUAACUAAAAAGCACAAGUCAUUUGUAAGACAGAUGUUACCGUUAUUGUUUAAUUAAAUUUAAAUAUAUAGCAUGCUCUGUUGGUGUAGGGUUAAGGCGCGACCCAUGUACAGAGGACGAAGGACGAAGGACAAAGACCUCGACGACUUUCUCACACAACCCUCUGUCCUGUCGCUUCACCAUCAAAUAAAGGCCACCAGAUCAAAAAAAAUAAAAAAAUAAAAAAA